ACUUGUAGCGGAAGUAGCGUUAGUUUCGCUCGCUCGAACUGCUUUAGUGUCGGCAGGCAUAGGGGGCUCACAAAACGCUUCCCUCGGCGACUCUCGUCGCCCGCUCACUCGAGCUGCUGCUGCUGCUUUUCUUAGCUCGAUCUGCCCGCCCUUGGCCGGAUCUGAGCAGAAGCGACGAAACCGCCUUCCUUCCCCUCUCUCUCUCUCACUCUUGCUUUCUCUCUGAGCAGAUCUCAAGCCCCUUGUAGUUGCUGUAGCUGCUCCCUCUUGCUUUCUCUAUUUGUGUGUGCUUGGAGGAGCUUGGCGCCCGCAAUGGCGGUGGAUCCCAGGCAGGUGGUCGCCGGAUUUCUCACCAUCUCCAUGUUCGCCAUGCUCGGCAACAUGAUCAAGAGGGACCACUUCGAUUCCAUCGAGGUGAGUAUUCAAGAAACAUCAGUUGUACAAUUUGAUGCAAUAAAGGCAGAAGAGAAGUCUGUUACCCAAGUCUCUACGGAGAGCAGCCCAGAGCUUAAACCUUGUUGGGCCAAACCAGUUCCAAAAGAGAUAGAGCAGUCAAAAGGUUUCAUUACAUUCUCUUUGACGGGUGGUCCUGAGCACCAUAUUUCACAGGUCACAGAUGCUGUGGUAAUCUCAAGGUAUUUAGGUGCCAUUUUAGUGAUUCCUGACAUCAGAGGAAAUGAGGUUGGUCAAAAAAGGAAUUUUGAGGAUAUGUAUGAUGCCGAUAAUUUCACUGCAAGCUUGACUGGAGUUAUAGAAGUUGUCAGAGAGCUUCCUGCUGAAGUAACUACUGAAAAUCCAGCUGUCAUCAGAGUCCCCAAUAGGGUAUCAGAGGACUUCAUUAAGAACAAUAUUCAACCAGUCUUCCAAACAAAAAGUUACCUGAGACUUGCAACCUUCUUCCCUUCAAUCAAUUUGAAAGCAUCGGGAAAGCCUAAUACCGACUUGGAUUCAACUGCUUGCUUAGCUAUGUUUGGAAGCCUUGUAAUGAAACAGGAAAUUUUGGAAGUGGUUGACCGGAUGGUUGAGAGACUGAAAACUCUUAGUCGCAAUGCAGGAAGCCAGUUUAUUGCAGUCGACAUAAGGGUUGAUGUGCUAGAGAAAAAGAGCUGCAGAGAGAAAAGAAAUGGAAGAAAACCUUGUUACACUGCAGUGGAGAUCAGAGAUUUCUUAAGAAAAGUCGGGUUUAAUGCAGAUAACACGAUUUACCUAACUGAGACCUGGUGGCAUGAAAGUCUAAACCCAUUGAAGGAGGUCUUUCCGAAAACUUAUACUAAGGAUGAUCUGAUACCUGCAGAGAAGAAAGGUCACUUCCUCCAGUCUGGAGGCGCCGAGCUGCAGAGAGCUCUCGACUUCCAAAUCUGUUCCAAAAGCGAUGUCUUUGUGCCUGCGAUAUCUGGUUUAUUCUACGGAAAUGUAGCUGGCAAGAGAAUCACUUUGGGUCGGACCCAAAUCCUCGUCCCAUCCCAAGUUCCUAGCUCCUCUCCUACAGCUUCCAAUUUCUUCUCGCCUUAUGUCUCCAAGAGGAAUCACGUUGCCUACUCAUGCUUCUGUUAGUUAUAUGAAGAAUGAACUGUAGCAGGGCAGCAGAGAGCCUCAUUCCUGUUGUUGGAGUCUCUGCUACUUACUUUCAUCUUUGCAAUGUGUACUUGGUUUCAAAAUGAUCAUAUGAAGUUGAACAAGUUGACUGUGUGCCGGGUACAUUUUAUAUAGGGCUGAAUUUUUACUAUCCAUAUGAGUUUUAUAAUGUAUGAACAUGAAAAUUCAAAU